AUGACUUUUGAUAAAGAGCAAUAAAUAACGAUCAUGGGGUUAACUGACAACUUUGGUCGUAAUAUUUAUGAUCCUUAAGUGAUUUAGGUCUCAAGUUACAUGACUAGCUUAAAAAAAAUUGAUUAAGGGUCGCAUUAAAUUUCACUAAAUAAAACUAAAUUGGCAGUAAGACCAUGCAACAUCUAGGAUAUAAAAUCAGUCAAACUAAAUGAUCUGUUUAAUAAUCUUCACCUAGAUUAUUUCUUUUGUUUUGAAGAUGGUUAAAAAGUAUACAUAGAAGGGGAUUAUUCAGGUGAUUUUUAUUCUAAAAUAGAUGUCUUUUUUAAAUAGUGUAAAAAUUCUACUUAACCAGGCUCUGUUGUAUGUAAGCCUUAAGAACACAUAGAUUAAGUGACAAAAGAUCUUCAUUUUCUUACUUACAUUGCUGAUAAGAUAAUUGAUCCCUCCAAUUUAGAAAAUCCUUUUGGAUAUCAAAGCAGUUAUAUAGAAACUCAGACAUCAGCUCUUUAAAGCUAGCAAUUUACUGCUUUUUUUGAAAACUACUAUAUUUAAUCUGAUACUGGCUAUUUUUCUAAAUAGAUUAAUUAAAUUUAAGAUUUUUUAUUUGUAUAGUCUUAAUCAAAUUAUGUAUUUAGUGACCCAGGUCUAAUAAUUUAAUUUACUUUGACACCUCAUAGGAAUAAGUAAACUUUAAUGCAAAGAAGGUACAUGAAAUUUUCUGAGCUAAUUGCUCAAUUAGGAGGACUGUUUAAGCUGCUUACAUUAAUCGGAUUUGUAAUAACAUACCCAUUUGCUAAAAUCUACUUGAACAAAGAAAUAGUAAACAGUUUAUUUGAGUUCAAUUUGAAUAGCGAGGGAUAAAAAAUUGAAAAGACUAACUAAAAUAAUUGCCUGUUUGAAACAAAUUUUAUUGAAGCUGGAGAUAAAUAGAAUCAAAAGUAAGUUAAAAUUUGUGAAUAAAUUUAAUAAAUAAAUUAAAACCUUUAGAAGUAAACAAAUAGUGUAAAUUAAAAUAUCGAAAAUAUAUCUUAAUUUGACCAUGUUUUAGAUAAAAGCAACAAUAAAAAUAUACAAAAUUCAUUAUUUCAAAAUUAAGAAAGUGCAAUUGAGUAGCUAACAACGAGUAGUCCUAAUAAUAAAGAAGUUAAUAAAGAAAAUUUCAGGCUUCUAUAACUUACUUAAUUUUCUGAAAUAGAAUCAUAAAAUGUUCCUAAAAAAGUAACUACUCCAAACCAAGCUUUUAGGAGAAACGGAUCAUAAAAAGCUUUCAAAAUGACAAAAAGCAAUUUUAAUCAUCAAGAAGAAAAUAAAAUAACAAAAUAAAACCAAUAAAAAAAAGAAAAUUAGAUUUAAUUAUCCUAUUUUGAAAGAAUAAAAUGUAUUUUGAAUCCUUUAAAGAAAAAGAUUAGCUUAAGUUAUGCAGAAUAUUUUCAGUAUCUAACAUUUAAAUGCUCUAAGUUAUUUGAGUUAAAAAAAUUCUUUAUUUUAGAAGGAAUAGGUAAGGUAUAGAAUAGUUUAGACAUUUAAAAUAUUGUUAAAAAAUUAUAGGAAAUAGAUAGACUUAAAUAAAUAAUAUUAAAUGAAGAUUAGUUAAAACUUUUUGAAAUCAUGCCUUAACCUAUUUUAAAUAGUUAAACUGAGUAAAGUAAAACAAAGAAUUAAGAUUAACAUAAAACUAAUUUCUAAUAAGAAGAAAGGACAAGUAGCGCUUAUAAUAGCUUGAUUAAAAUGGUCAAUUAGCCAUUUCUAUCAAAAAAAGAUUUUUAAAUAAUUAACCUGCUAGAUGAAUAAAUAUAUAAAGCUCUUAGAAACUCUUAACAGGAUAUCAAUUCGUUAAAAAGUUAAAAUAAAAAUGUUUUCAUCAACGAUUAUGUAAAUGAAAAUAAAAGCAUUAACUUAAUAAAUUUAGGAGUCAGUAAUGCCUAUACUGACAAAUUUAAGAAUCAAAUAUUUGAUAAUUUUCUUAAAAACGAAGAUGUCCCAGAAGAAUGCUUAUAAAAAUUAAAUGAUUCAUACUUUCAUAAACAAAAAAAAAAAAAUUAAAAUUAAUUGAAUUUGUUUUGA